CUCUCUUUCUCUCUCUCUCUGAUAGUUGAAGCUGAGAGUGUUAUUAGUGUUUAAAGAGCUGCUCAGCCUCCGUUGGCUCUACGUCUGUUGUGAUCAGAGCUCCAGGAUUAGCGCUGUCACCACAUCGCAUCGCUCUCCGCUUCUCUCCUCUCCCGGCGCGUCCCUUGUGACCCACAGUGCAUGUUACGCUGUUAUUUCCUUCCCACCUCCUCACCAUCUCUGGAAACUCCUCCACACAGACGAACACGCCGUGGCGGCGAAACUACAGAACUGAAGAGGAGAGGAAUAUUCUCACUGUGUACUGGGACUCGGCUACUGCAGGGAAAAACAGGACUGUGUGUGUGUGCGACCGUGCGCAUGUUUCGCGGGUGUCUCUGUGCAGGGUAGACUGAGCUGCGCUGUGCCUCUCGCUCGCUCUCUCUCUCUCGGAUGAUGAAGGCUCUCGUUCGCAUCACCCCGUGAUGGAGCUUGACUAAGGAGUAGAUCUCACACACAUGCGUAAGCAGACGGGCAGGCUCACGGCAGAAGCGCACGCACGCCUGGAUUGUGACCGAUGACCUGCCGUACGCGUCAGGUUCCUCGCACCCCCCGUGCUCUGCCGAGCAGCCACACGGGCAGGUGAAGGACCUUCACCUUCAACCCCUCCCCAGACCCUUGGAGAUGUUCCUCAGGACCAGCUCUGGACUCCUCCUUUCUCCCGUGAGACUCGCUCUGUUUCUGCUGGUCUUUUUGGACACUCCCCAUCCAUCCCUCCAGGGCAGGAAUAAGAGCAGAUGGAAUAAGGGGGAUUCAGUGCUGCUUCGGGAUUGGACAAUCUUCUUGGAGGAAGUUCACAAUCCAGAUUGCGCAGAACGAUCCCGUCUGCGGCAGGAAGAUUCUCCGCCCCGGAUCGUGGAACACCCCUCUGAUCUGAUCGUAUCCAAGGGCGAACCAGCCACCCUGAACUGCAAGGCGGAGGGGCGGCCCACCCCCACCGUGGAGUGGUACAAGGAUGGAGAACGUGUUGAAACCGACAAAGAUGACCCUCGAUCUCACCGUAUGCUCCUGCCCAGCGGCUCUCUCUUCUUCCUGCGCAUCGUACAUGGCCGUCGCAGCAAACCCGACGAGGGCGCGUACGUGUGUGUGGCACGCAACUACCUGGGGGAGGCCGUUAGCCGAAACGCUUCACUAGAAGUAGCAUUGUUACGGGAUGAUUUCAGACAGAACCCGACAGACGUGGUGGUCGCCGCCGGGGAGCCGGCCAUCUUGGAAUGCGUCCCACCUCGUGGCCACCCGGAGCCCACCAUCUACUGGAAGAAAGACAAAGUCAGAAUUGAAGAAAAGGAUGAGAGGAUAAAGAUCCGCGGAGGUAAGCUGAUGAUUUCCAACACGAGGAAAAGCGACGCUGGCAUCUACAUCUGCGUUGGCACCAACAUGGUCGGCGAGAGAGACAGCGAGACGGCUCAGGUCACCGUGUUUGAGAGGCCCACGUUUCUGCGGCGUCCCAUAAACCAGGUGGUUCUUGAGGAAGAGGCGGUGGAAUUUCGCUGUCAGGUGCAGGGAGACCCGCCGCCUUCAGUGCGCUGGAAAAAAGACGAAAUUGACAUCUCCCGUGGGAGGUACGAUAUUAAAUACGAUAAAGAUGACUAUGUGCUGAGGAUAAAGAAGGCCACAGCGAGUGAUGAAGGAACCUUCACCUGUAUAGCGGAGAACCGAGUGGGCAAAACAGAGGCGUCCGCCACCCUCACGGUCAGAGCCCCACCCCAGUUUGUGGUCAGGCCACGGGACCAGAUCGUGGCACAGGGGCGCACGUCCACUUUCCCAUGUGAGACCAAAGGGAACCCGCAGCCGGCCGUCUUCUGGCAAAAAGAGGGGAGUCAGAACCUUCUGUUUCCGAAUCAACCUCAGCAGCCCAACAGCCGUUUUUCAGUGUCGCCCGGUGGAGAUCUGACCAUCACGGCUGUCCAGCGGAGCGACGCCGGGUACUAUAUCUGCCAGGCCCUGACGGUGGCGGGCAGCAUUCUGGCCAAAGCCCAACUUGAGGUCACAGACGUGUUAACGGAUCGCCCUCCGCCCAUCAUCCGUCAGGGUCCAGCCAACCAGACGCUGGGCGUGGACAGCGUGGCUCUUCUGAAGUGCCACGCAUCUGGAGAACCCGUCCCAACCAUCAGCUGGCUGAAGGACGGCGUCAGUCUGCUGGGGAAAGACCCUCGCAUGUCCUUGCAGGACGCCGGCAGCCUGCAGAUCAAGGGUUUACGGCUCUCUGAUUCUGGUAUCUACACCUGCGUGGCCGCAAGUUCCAGCGGAGAAACUUCAUGGAGCUCCUUCUUGGAAGUCAAGGAGUCUGGCGCUCUUCUUGUAGUCAAAAACAGAGAUGAGAGCGAGCUGCCAGGUCCACCGUCCAAACCUCAGGUCACAGAUGUCACUAAAAACAGCGUGUCGUUGUCCUGGCAACCUGGCCUUUCUGGGGCGUCGCCCAUCUCGUCAUAUGUCAUCGAAGCUUUCAGCCAAUCGGUGAGCAACAGCUGGCAGACUGUCGCCGAUCAUGUGAAAACAACGCAGUACACCAUAAAAGGUCUCCGACCCAACACUAUCUACCUGUUCAUGGUGCGAGCGUUGAACGCCCAAGGCCUGAGUGACCCCAGCCCAAUGUCUGAACCUGUUCGGACACAAGAUAUAAGUCCUCCAGCGCAAGGUGUGGAUCACAGACAGGUGCAGAAGGAGCUCGGUGAGGUUAUCGUGAGACUACACAACCCCGUGGUCCUCAGUCCCACCACCAUACAGGUCACGUGGACGGUGGACCGCCAGUCUCAGUUCAUCCAGGGCUACAGAGUUUUGUACAGGCAGAUGUCAGGCCUGCCCUCCCCCGGGUCGUGGCAGAGCCAGGAUGUGAAGAUUCCCUCGGAGAGGAGCAUGGUGCUCUCAGCUCUGAAGAAAGGCAUCGUGUACGAGAUCAAAGUCCGGCCUUACUUUAACGAGUUCCAGGGCAUGGACAGCGAGUCCCGCACAGCCAGAACAACGGAGGAAGCACCCAGCGCUCCACCUCAGCAGGUGACUGUUCUCACAGUGGGCAAUCAGAACAGCACAUCCAUCAGUAUCUCAUGGGACCCUCCUCCAGCAGACUUUCAAAAUGGCAUCGUCCAGGAGUAUAAGAUCUGGUGUUUGGGGAAUGAAACCCGUUUCCAUGUCAAUAAAACGGUGGACGCUGCCAUCCGUUCGGUUGUGGUGGGGGGUCUUCAGGCAGGGGUCCUGUAUCGGGUGGAGGUGGCCGCCAGCACCAGCGCUGGGGUGGGGGUGAAGAGCGAACCCCAACCCAUCAUCAUUGGUAAAGACUUCCGGGACGUGAUCGUGAGCGGGAACAGGAACAACAGCAUCACGGAGCAGAUCACGGACGUCGUGAAGCAGCCGGCCUUCAUCGCGGGCAUCGGUGGGGCCUGCUGGGUCAUUCUGAUGGGCUUCAGCAUCUGGCUCUACUGGAGGAGAAAGAAGAGAAAGGGUCUGAGCAACUACGCAGUUCAGUCCUUCACCUUCACCCCUGCAGUGACGUUCCAGCGCGGUGAUGGAGGCUUGAUGAGCAACGGGAGUCGCCCUGGUUUGCUGAAUGCCAGUGAUUCUGGGUACCCGUGGCUCGCUGACUCCUGGCCGACCACCAGUCUGCCCGUUAACAGCGGCUCUGGACCCAAUGACAUCAACAACUUCGGCCGUGGAGACGGGAUGCCCGGCGCUCAGGCAGAUAAGACGGGCACCAUGCUUUCAGACGGAGCCAUUUACAGCAGCAUCGACUUCACCACCAAAGGCGGAUUUGGCAGCCCAAGCCCCGCCUCCCAGGCCACGCCCUACGCCACCACCCAGAUCCUCCAUUCCAACAGCAUCCAUGAGCUAGCUGUAGAUCUGCCCGACGCCCAAUGGAAGACCUCUCUACAUGCCAAACAAGAGAUGGCAAGCCUGGGCUACUCACUGCCAGACAAAAACUCCUGCAACAACACACUCCUUUUCAUUCCUGACUACCGAUUGGCUGACGGAUUGUCUAAUAGAAUGCCCCACAACCAAUCACAGGAUUUCAACACUACCAGCUCCCACAACAGCUCAGAUCGGAGCAACAGUCUGUCAGGUGGGAAAGGAGGAAAGAAGAAGAAGACGAAAGCGAACGCAAAGCCCAUCAAGAUGAACGGGUCGAAUUGGGCCAACGUUCCACUGCCUCCACCUCCAAUCCAUCCUCUUCCGGGAACAGAGAUGGACCACUAUGCCACAGAACACCAUGAUGCGGGAGGUUAUGAUAGUGAUGGUUGGGGUCCGCCGUUGCCCGUCCAGACGUACCUGCACCAGGGUUUAGAAGAUGAGCUGGAGGAGGAAGAAGAACGGGUGCCCACUCCGCCCAUAAGGGGCGUGGCCUCCUCUCCUGCAGCCGUGUCUUUUGGGAAACAGUCCACGGCCACUCUGAGCCCCUCUCCACGUGAGGAAAGGCAACCCAUGCUUCAGGCCCACCUCGAUGAGCUGACCCGAGCCUACCAACUGGACAUGACCAAGCAGACUUGGCACAUGCAGGGUGGGCCUUACCCUCCCCAGGCCCCCGCGCCACCCGUGGGCUACGUCUCCAGCACCCUGGUGUCCGAUAUCGAAACGGACCUCCCCGACGAAGAUGACGAGGAUGAGGAUGAAGGGUAUGAGAUGUCGCCACCGAUCAGGGGAAUGGAACACACGCCGGGCUCUAGCAUGGACAACUUGGACAGCUCUGUAACGGAUAAAGGUCUACAUCACAGACCUCGUCCUUCCAGCCCGUUCUCCACAGACGGAAGCACGGUGGGCACGCACAGUCUGGGUCACCAGCGGGCGGCAAGGCCCACCCGCAAACACAAAGGACCUGGCACUGCCCCGCACCGCCGCGAUGCCAGCGCAGACGAUCUGCCCCCACCUCCAGAACCUCCUCCCUGCCAGUCGGCUCGUAUUCAAGGGGCGAGAAACAUGUCCAAUCCCUCCGAUCGCAAUGCCUCAUCGCUAGAGAGGCAACCUAUGAUGGGCCUCGAGGAGAUGAAGAGUUCUUUGGACCGGCAGACCCGAACAUCACUGGAGCGCCAUUGGCAGGCCCAGGACAGACUGGGGUCUAUAGAGAGGGGCGAGGAGAACAGGAGAGGGCAGAAAAACGGCCCUGUUUCAGAUGAGGCCAUGUUUCCGUACAACAAACCGUCAUUCCCGUCUCCUGGGGGGCACAGCUCAUCUGGGACAGCUUCAUCUAAAGGGUCAACGGGUCCUCGGAAAGGAGAGGGGACGAGGGGACAACACCAGCGCUCCACCACCGAGCCGACCGACAGCGGGUACAUGGGGACCAAUGCGCAGUACUCUGGAGAAUUAUAGUGAGCCAUUUUGAUGGGAACAGACGAAUGCCUUGAUCUGUGCCGGAUACGUGGCCUCGCCUUCCCGGUGUAAUGAACUCGUGAAGCAUCAGACGGAAGAAAAGAAAAAAGAAUAAAACGUCUGAAAAUGACCAACUGUAAAUGUGAUGUAAAGAUGGACGUGCUACCCACAACAUCCCUCACCUUCCCCCUUAAGCUUUUCAUUCACAGAAAAAAAGAAAGUCGUCGAAAAAAACCCGCUACGGAUUGCCGACAUGGGCGAAACCGAGGAAGGGAAUCGAGUUUCCUGUAAAUAUAUGCUUGAUAUCGAAGACGGAAAGUGACAUUAUUGUUAUUGCAUCGCUAUGCAAACCGAGUUCUGUUUCCGCGCUCUCUUACGCUGUUGGUCGUUUGUACGAUAAGUGAAUCGAUGGGCUGUGGUGCCAUAGAAAUUAUGUUGUCAUCCAUCAUUUGUUAAUACUUCUCAUGAAUUAAUUGUUGUCAUUAUAAUUAUUAUAAUUAAUUAUUUUCUUUUGCACUGCAAUUUUGGUGAUAAGCACAAAAUUAUAGCUCCUGCUGACAUGAAGAAUUGUGGGUAAGGAAAUGUGAAGGGGAGUAUCUGUACUGUAACUAGAGAUUAAACAAAUAUAUAACAGUGUACAGAGAUAUAUUAAGAUAUGCCUGCAUCUAUGCCGGCGUAAAGAUUUUCUGCAGUUGCGUUCCUCUGCGGUAGAGGAGCUAGAAAUGGGCAAACUGGUCACAGAUGGUUUGGGAAAACUGUUUCCAGGGACAUUUAUAAAAGCGGUUCUGCUUUCAACUGUUCCCACUGCCCCUAGCAUUUCUACUUAGUAGUCAAAUCUAGUCCACUUGGUCCGAUUGGAAUUUUUUAACUACACUGGACUUCACACACACGAAACUCUUCGUCCUCACUGUCGGUUGCUUGCUUCUGUUUUACAUGUUGAUCAUUUCAUUUUUGUAUCGGUUUAUCUGAACAAAAGUGUAGCACGGCUAAUAAUUCUUGUGUUUUUGUUUACUUUUUUUUAUCUCCACUAUGAAAACAAGCACUUGAAAGCCAUAUGAACAAAGCUACAAUGCCCCUGCCUUCUUGUAAGGUUUCUGCCUUUCUAAAGAGGUUUUGUAGAUGUUCUUUUGCUUGUCUCGAGAGUCAAGUGGAGAGUCAGGUACUUAGUUUCCCUUUUGUUGAGCACUUAAUGCAUCUUGUUUUUGACAAUGUCCCAAGCCUUGCUUUUGUUUUUCCAAAAAACAUUGUCUUUCAAUCACAUAAAGAAGUUUCUAAAAUAAAUAAAAAAACAACAACAUUAUGCCUCGCAAAACAAAAAGUAUCUCCCACAUAAUUGCUAAUGCAAUGCCUUGUGGUCAAACAAUUUGUGUUCACUGACCCAGUCUCCACGUGCACAUCACAUGACCGUUUACCGACCAGUCCAGUAAAUUCUUUCAGUGUCCUUUUUGGUCCUUUCGCUUGCAAAAAUUUGACAAAUACAGUAUGAAUAUAUUCUGAAAACAUGAUUUACAAAAGGCUGCUCAAAAGGAUAUUUUUACUGGAGAUUCUUCAGGAGUUACUGGUGAAAUGACUGUUUUCUUUCCUUCUUUUCGUUUUCGUACUGACGACUGCUCGAAAAUGAAAACUCUCCCAGACCGGGCCGUUGUUCUCAAAUGUUUCACGUUUUCUCGAAUUCACGUCAUUUCCGUGCUAACGUCCAGCUGUUUUGGAAUAAUGAGGUGCGAACGGGUAUCUCAGGUGAUUUUACAUCUAUAAUGGGUGUUGUUGAUGUGGGUGUAUAUAAAUGUAUAUAUUCAUAUGCAUCCUCACGUAAAGAGAGUUCAUUUCAUGUUCGCUAUUGAAACGUUUUCCACCCCGUGUAGGCCUACCUGAUGGAUCGCUGUAUGCUCUCUUUCUUUUUGGCCCCGUCGACAGUGGAUGUCCAUUUCUCUUCCUUUCAUCUGAAACGUGCCGGUACACUAAAUGUCCAUAAGACAAAGAUGUCACUUACAGAACAUACCAAAAUUAAUAUUGAUAUUUCUAAUGUCUAAUGCAUUUUAGUGUCUUUUUUAAUACUUGUUUCUUUAAACAUCACAGUGUUGUUGUUUUUUGUAUUUAUUAAGAUAAUAAAGGUAUAUUGUGAAAAAUGCAUAAAGGUUUGUGGAAU